UAUUCCCAAGGGGGCAUUGAAGCAGGGACUAAUUUUGCACGAGGCUGGACUUUGGAGUCCUGGUUCCCAUCUAGCACCUUCUUCUCUCCUCCCUCCACUCCUUUUCACGGCCACCUGAAAACUCUGGCUCAGGCAGGGGCAGGAGGAGCAGCUUCUACUUUGUAGCCUUUUUCUUUUCACCAGCUGCGAAGUUCAGGGAGUUGAACUGCUGUGCUGUGAGUUCACUGCUCACUCUGCCGCGGUCAACCUCUGUUGUAAAUUUUCCUCCCAGAGCACGUGACGAUGCAUUUUUGACUAUAUAUCCCGGACUGCAGCAGCCGAGCUGUCAGAGUGCGCGCCGGACGCAAAAGCGGAGCGCUCUUGGACCAGACGAUUUAGGAAUUCAGAGGAACUGCCAGCCUUGGACCCCGGCUGCGUGAGCCGUGCUUCAAUGCUGAAGAUGGAGACUCUGAACAGCACACACCCCAGCACCGCAGCCUCCAGCAGCCCCCUGGAGUCCCAUGUGCCCAGCAGUGGCAGCGGCAACGGCAAUGAAUAUUUCUACAUUCUGGUUGUCAUGUCCUUCUAUGGUGUUUUCUUGAUUGGAAUCAUGCUGGGUUACAUGAAAUCCAAGAGGCGAGAGAAGAAGUCCAGCCUCCUGCUGCUGUACAAAGAUGAAGAGAGGCUCUGGGGAGAGGCCAUGAAGCCGCUGCCCAUGGUUUCAGGCCUGAGGUCAGUGCAGGUGCCCAUGAUGCUGAACAUGCUGCAAGAGAGUGUGGCCCCUGCGCUGUCCUGCACCCUCUGCUCCAUGGAAGGGGACAGCGUGAGCUCCGAGUCUUCUUCCCCAGAUGUGCAUCUCACCAUCCAGGAGGAGGGGGCAGACGACGAGCUGGAGGAGACUUCAGAGACGCCUCUCAACGAAAGCAGCGAAGGGUCCUCUGAGAACAUCCAUCAGAAUUCCUAGCACCCCCAGGGAUCCUGAGGUGGCUCCGCCAGCCAGCAGCAACCUUAGAAAAAGAAGAGACAUCGUCAAGUGUCCGGUUUCACUUUUGCAGUGCAGCUGCCACUUUGAAAAGGCCCUCAGAUAGCCCCUGAAAUAGGGGAGGGUGAGAGGCAAGGCUCAGCUGGAGGUGCCUGCGAUUGGGACCUGCCACCUGAGAAGCCCCAAAGACGUGCAGUGUGUUCAUUUACUUUGGGGUCUGGGUUUCAGGGUUCCUGUUCAGCCUUUGGUCUGAUGAUGUGCUUGUCAUUUCCUCACUGGAUGUCCAGGGUCACUUGCGCAGCAUCUGCCUUUUGCUGGGGCUGCUAAAUGCCUAGGGCAGGCUGAGGGACUAGUGUUGAUUUGCUAAUUUGCCUAGAGCUUUGUUCUUCUAGAUCUAAUUGGCUGUAAGUAUCUCUACUAUGUACCUGUGGCAUUAGUUCACAGAGGGUUACAAGCUGCUUUUGGAGGUCUUUGGAUGAGAGGGGAGAUUUUAAUGAAUGAUUUUAGAUAGGAGAAAGCUGGAGAUCUGAGCUCAACCUGUUUGCACAAUGUAAGGGAAAAAAGCAACUUUUUAAAUCUGUUAACAUUAGCUGGGGUUAUAAGAGAUGAUCUGCUAUUUUGAUCUUUUGUCUCAUCUAUGACCUUGAACUUGUGCCUGUCCAACAUUAGAUGCCGGCACGAUGCUCUUUUGGUCAGAGAGCCUCCCCAGAAUCUAUCCUGCACUCUGGCCAUGCAGGGGGCUCGUCCUGAUCUUUCCAGAAGGAGUGUUGGUGGAGCUGAACCAGGCCAAGCCGUCGUUGGCUCGUUUUCCCAGCCUAGUUUUCUGAGCUGGGAGAGGACAUACGACGGGACUCACAAUGUGGUAUUUCGUCACGUAGCUGAGACCUAAAAGGGCAUAUUCAGGCAGAGAUUGCACAAAGCUGGGGUCCAAGUCUAUGGUUGCUGAUCCCAAGCCCUGACGCGCAUCUGCUGUGUGGUCCUGGGCAUGUCUUCAAGAGGCUUGUUGCCUUCACGAGGCUCCUGAGGAUGUGCAGCCCCAGGGGGCUGGGAGGAUUUCAGGACUCUGUGAUAAAUGCUCCAUGGCCUGGUGUGAGGAAGCUUGGACCAAAUAUUUCCCCUUUUGCCAGUUAGUCUGAAAAAGGAUCUUCUGGUUUAAAGGAGCAGUUGGAGACUCUUGUGUAUGUGUAACUGGGGAAUUGGGGGCUGACCACCAGCUAUCCCUGCUGUCAUUUUCCCAGGAUUAAACUAAAAAGGCAGAUACCACGUUUUCCUCUGCACAGUUCUUUGGAUGGUGGGUCGUGAACACUCUCAGCUAAGGAAAAGAGAAGUCUGGAAGGAAAUGCUCAGGAAUGCUUGUCAGUAUGUAUUCUUGUGGUCAGUAGCUUUGUAGCAGAAUCUCUCAGCCAUUGGAGACUACACGAAAACAUCACAUUUAAUUCUAGUAAAAAAAAACUUUAUAUAUAUAUAUAUAUAUAUAUACACUCUCCCUGGAUUGGAGGUACAGUGAUAACUACUGUUCCCAUGGAAGGGUUAACAGUAUAGGAGCUGGUUUAUCAGUCUGCCUUGAUACAGAACUAGAGGAAAUUUGUUGGUGGGAGAAAGGCUCUCUGUUCACUUUAAAACUCAGAGUGUGGAUUUACUCCAAAGGGGGCCAUUUAAGUUGAAAGAAGCCAAGUUGAGUUUGGCCUCUUGCCUGGAAUCACUUGAAUUCUGAAACUUCACUGCGACGGACAUGUGCCUUGUCACAUUUUCCAUUGCUUAAUCCUGAAGUUUGGUGCAAGUCUAUCUGCGCCUGUUAAAAAGUGAUGUAUAUACUUCCUGUUUAUUCUAUUGAGUUGUAUAGAAUUGUCUUUUGUAUUUAAUGGUUUGUAAUUUUCACAGUUUUUUUUUAAUUUAAAUAAACAAACACAUUCCCCCC